AUCCCAAUCCUUCUAGGCUUCUGCCACCAUGACUCGCUACUUCUGCUGUGGAAACUACUUCCCAGGCUAUCCUUGCUAUGGGACCAACUUUCACAGGACCUUCAGAGCCACCCCACUGAACUGUGUUGUGCCUCUGGGUUCUCCCCUGAACUAUGGUUUUGGAUGCACUGGCUAUGGCUCCCUGGGCUACAGUUUUGGUGGUAGCAACUUCAACGACCUGAGUGGUUGCUAUGGUGGCAGCUUCUGCAGGCCAUGGGGCUCUGGCUCUGGCUUUGGCUACAGCACCUACUAAUGAACCAAUGGCUUCAGCAACUAUAGAACUCCCAAUCAACUCUCAGUCCAUCGAACAACCUGAAGAGCA